AAAGGUCACAUGACAGUUUUGCCACAAACAGCGAGAUUUGGCGCACUCCGAACAGCUGCCUUGUCACCUUACUUGAGUAUUUGUUUUAAAAAGCGUCCUUUGGCGCAUUGUGUUCAAUAUUGUGAGACCGGGAAUGGCAGAGAACGGCAGUACACAGAUGGCUGAUUUUAAAGAUCAAUUUUCCUCGCAGGCUGAGAAAGAAGUUUUUGAAUGUUUCCCAAAGAAGGUUGUUGAACUUGAUGAGAUGCUUAGAGGUGACAUGUUUUCUAUGAGUCGAAUGUCAUCAAUCAGUGUGAUACUUAACAUUCCAGUGCCAGAGCCUACAAUAACUAACAGUCAUGAGCCUAAUCUCACAAAAAAAAGGAAGGUAGAAGAAAAUGACAUUGGAGAUUUUGUUCAAGGUAGUCGAGUUUUGGCUCUUCCUACUGGAUCAGUGCCAUGUAAUGCCCAAAUACAGGAGAUGGUAGACCAAUUAAAACCAAGUAUCUGUACUCUUAUCGAUAAAUGUAAUCUUAUUAAGAUGUGGGUGCAACUGAUGAUACCAAAAAUAGAAGACGGAAACAACUUUGGAGUGUCAGUUCAGGAAGAUGCGUUGAGUGAAAUUCGUCAAGUCGAAGGAGAGGCAGCAUCAUAUCUGGACCAGAUAUCACGAUACUACUUAACAAGGGGUAAAAUAAUAUCAAAAGUUGCAAAAUAUCCACACGUACAAGACUACAGACAGUCUGUCAUGGAAUUAGAUGAAAAAGAGUUUAUUAGUCUACGACUGGUGUUACUGGAACUUAGAAAUCAUUAUACUUCCCUGUAUGACCUGAUUUCAAAGAAUUUAGAUAAAAUCAAGAAACCUAGGGGGACCAACACGGACAGCAUGUAUUAACUCGAGAAGAAACCACGAGUCGAGUUGAAAAUGUUGAUCUUUCUUCAGUCUCAAAAUACCCGGUAGUGUUUAAUUUACGUGAACUGACCCAGUAUUCUGUGAACAUGGUUGGCUUUGACAUUGAACGAUGAUGACAUUUCUGGACUUUUCUUUGACUCUUUAUUGCUGUGAUGAAUAGAUCAUUUAUCAACCUGACUUGCCAUUUGUCACUUGUGGCAACUUGUGUUUGGAUUUGCGCAUUUUAUUGGUUGUAACAACUCUAUCCCAAAAUGUUAGUGAAUAUAUGAACACUUUUAUAGUUUUGUUCUUUUAGCCCCUCAAAAAAAAAAUUGGUGUACUUUUGAAAAGUAGUAAACACAUGAAAAUUCAAAUUCGCAAAGUGUUUCGAAGAAAAUACCUUCAGAUGCUAUUAUUUCCUUUUGCCAAGAAAGGUUACUUCUGGAAGGUGUUUUAUGCAAAAGGUCUCCAUUAUGUUAAACAGAUUCCAAUACGUAUAUAAUUUAUAAUAUCAUUGUAUUUUAUGUGUAUUUUCAAGUCCUGUUUUUAAAAACUCUCUGACCCUUGGCAGAUCUCUGUACCAAGUGAUCUGCAGAGGUGUUGGGUAUUGAAAUAAAAUUUAUGUAAAAAAAACAACA